CCCUCCCUCAUUGUGGAGACCAUGCCCAAGCUGCAGGGCUUCGAGUUCUGGAGCCGCACCCUGAGAGGCGCCCGCCACGUGGUGGCGCCUAUGGUGGACCAGAGCGAGCUGGCCUGGAGGCUCCUGAGCCGCCGCCACGGGGCACAGCUCUGCUACACCCCCAUGCUGCAUGCCCAGGUCUUCGUGCGUGAUGCCAACUACCGGAAGGAGAACCUGUAUUGUGAUGUGUGCCCUGAGGACCGGCCUCUCAUCGUGCAGUUUUGUGCCAAUGACCCAGACGUGUUUGUCCAGGCGGCUCUCCUAGCUCAGGAUUACUGUGAUGCCAUUGACCUGAACUUGGGCUGCCCACAGAUGAUAGCCAAGAGGGGUCACUAUGGUGCCUUCCUGCAGGAGGAGUGGGACCUGCUCCAAAGAAUGAUUCAGCUGGCCCAUGAGAAACUCUCUGUUCCUGUCACGUGCAAAAUCCGUGUCUUCCCUGAGAUUGACAAGACUGUGAGGUACGCCCAGAUGCUGGAGAAGGCCGGUUGCCAGCUACUGACUGUGCAUGGGCGUACCAAGGAGCAGAAGGGGCCGCUGUCAGGAGCAGCAUCUUGGGAGCACAUUAAGGCUGUGCGGAAGGCUGUGGCCAUCCCAGUGUUUGCCAAUGGGAAUAUCCGGAGCCUGCAGGAUGUGGAACGGUGCAUCCAAGACACAGGUGUACAAGGUGUCAUGAGUGCAGAAGGCAACCUGCAUAACCCUGCCCUGUUUGAGGGCCGGAGUCCUGCAGUGUGGGAGCUGGCAGAGGAGUAUCUGGACAUUGUGCAGCUGCAUCCAUGCCCACUGUCCUGUGUCCGUGCCCACCUCUUCAAGCUGUGGCACCACACGCUGCAGGUGCACCAGCAACUUCGAGAUGAACUCGCCAAAGUGAAGACCCUGGAAGCUAUUGCUGCUGUGAGCCAUGCACUGAAGCUUCGGUGUCAGGAGGACAUGUCUAGGCAGGAGGAGGGAGCACAGCCAGCAGGCGACUUGCCUUUCUUCCACUGGAUCUGCCAGCCCUAUGUCCGGCCAGGACCAAGGGAGGGGAGCAAAGAGAACAGUGGUAGCCGCAGCAAGCGAGCCUUGGAGGAAGAGGAGGGCAACACAGAUGGCCUUUCCAAAAACAAGCAGAAGAAGCAGCUGAGGAACCCCCACAAGACCUUUGACCCCUCUCUGAAACCAAAAUACGCAAAGUGUGACCAGUGUGGGAACCCAAAGGGCAACAGGUGUGUGUUCAACCUGUGCCGUGGCUGCUGCAAGAAACGAGCCUUCAAGGAGACAGCAGACUGCCCAGGUCACGGAUUGCUUUUUAAAACCAAACUGGAAAAAUCUCUGGCCUGGAAGGGAACCCAGCCUGUGCGGCCGGAGCCUUCGCAGGUGGGGUCUGGAGCACCAGGUACCUUGUCUGAAGUCAUAGGCAGUGCCCUGACCUGAGGGGCCCACAGGAGCUGCCCAUACCCCAGGACUGUGCUGAAGUUUGGAUACUUCACACUAAGAACAAGCCUUUACUCAGGGAACCUCCUGCUAUUGGACAGAAGAGGUGAUGUCCUCCCUGGCCUACGCUGGGGGCUCAAGCUGGACCUGCCCUGUCCUCACAGCUUGUGCUCUCAAAACAUAAUAAACCAUUAAAAGGUG